AUGGUGAGAGGAAAGAUCGAGAUCAAGAAAAUCGAGAAUGUGACAAGCAGACAAGUCACGUUCUCAAAGCGAAGAAGUGGUCUAUUUAAGAAGGCUCACGAGCUUUCAGUUCUAUGCGAUGCUCAAGUCGCCGCCAUUGUCUUCUCUCAGAACGGAAGAUUAUAUGAAUUCUCUAGCUCCGAGAUGGAGAAGACGAUUGAAAGAUAUGGCAAGUUUAGCAAUGAGUAUAUUAUGCCAGGGAGGCUCCAAGUAGAACUAUACUUGCAGGAGCUGAAGAAGGAAAUGGAUAUAAUGGUGAAAAAGAUUGAUCUCCUUGAAGUUCAACAACGGAAGCUAUUGGGGCAAGGCUUGGGUUCGUGUUCAGUGGCAGAACUUCAAGAGAUAGAUACUCAGAUUGAGAAAAGCCUUCGUAUUGUCAGAUCAAGAAAGGCUGAGUUAUAUGCAAAUCAAUUAGGAAAGCUAAAAGAAAAGGAGAGAGAACUCUUGGACGAGGGAAGAAGGCUCCGUGAAAAGGAAAUCAGAGAAAGGUUGCUACGACCAGAGCUGCCAGUAGUAACCUUACCAACCGAGAAUGGUGAACCCGAAGGUGGUUACUGCAGGACCAAACAUUCAUCAGAGGUCGAAACCGAUCUAUUCAUUGGAUUACCAGUGGCUCGACUAUAA